AUGAGACAAGGAUCUAUGGAAGUGACAGAAUUCAUUUUGGUUGUGAAAGAGCAUUUGUUAAGUUGGCAAUUAGAAAUCUCCAACAGAGAUAUAAAAUUGAUUAGAUAACUGGUGAAUCUGUUUGAGGAGAUCGAUUUGAAUGGUAAUGGGAAAUUGGAAUGGGAGGAAUUCACAAACUAUAUUAUUGAAAAAGCAACUGUAUUAAAUAAUAUUAAGUCUAAAUAAGAUGAGAUCAAACUCUAUACUAAAUCUAAUAUGAAACCAUUCAAGAAAUUCACUCAAAUCAUCACUCGAGUAAUAUACAUCAAGGAGAUUGAUAAAAUAGCAUUCUUUGAAGAAGGAAGUGAUGAAAUCUAAUUUAUGACUCCCGACGGAGGGUAUGGAUUGAAACCUUUAAAAAUUGUUCCUAUUAGCGAUAAGGUUGUGACGACUCAAGCAAAAAAGGAUAAGGAUAAACAAAAUUUUAUUAUUGUGAAGAAAGAAGACACCAUUGAGAAGAAGACUAAAAUCUUGACCAUGCUCUACAUCGAUGAUCCCAAGUAUCAAGUGCUGUUGACAUCCACUCAUGACGGUUAUGUAAGAGGGUGGAGAUAUUAAUCCUCUGGAUUCGUAUUAGCCAACUAACCUGAUAACGAUGAGGAGAUGAUUGAACAUCAUUUUAAUAAUGACAUUUAUAGUAUGACUUGGGAUGGAAUAAAUGAAAUUUUGUAUUGUGGUCAAAAGGAAGGAUAAAUUAAUAUCUGGAACUUAAAAACAGAUACAGAAACUUAAUUGUAAAGUGAAGGAGGUCAUACUGAUGUAGUAAUGGACAUGAUCGCAAUGCCAAAAUUAUAAUUUAUGGCAUCAGCUAGUUUGGAUGGUAAUUUAAUUUUGUGGAAUACUCUCUAUAAUAAAAGAGAGAGAACAUAUAAGGAACAUACAAGAGGAAUAGUAUCAUUAGCUUUUAAUGAAAGUUUGAUCUUACUAUUUUCUGCAGGAUUCGACCAUAAUUUAUGCGUUUGGAAUCCAUAUAUAGAAAGCUUGAUUUUUAAAAUAUAAGGACACAGUAGUCCAGUGAUUGGAGUUGUGGUUAUUGAAGGUACAUCAUAGAUAGUAUCUUUGGAUUAAGAAGGUAGUGUAAAGGUUUGGGAUACGAAGAAAUUUAAUUGUGUUUAACAAUUUAGUGUGGAGACACAAGAUGAAAAACAUAAAUUCAACCCUUCCAGCUUAUGCUACAUCCCAAAACCAUUAAAGCUGAUCUUUGGAGGCAGAUCGAUUUAUUCCUAUGAAUAUGAUAAGAAUUAUAAUCCCAAUUCAGUAGAUGAUUAUGUUGCAGUGUGUUGUAAAUUCAUAGAAAAUCAAAUGGCAUUUUUCACACCUGCAGGAACUAAAAUAAAGAUUUGGAAUGCUUUAACUGGAGAUGUAAAGAAAAUAUAUAGUGAUAUUACAACAACAGAAAUCACGGCUUUUAAAUUGGAUAAUCUAGAUAAACGAUUUAUAAUAGGAGACAGUAGUGGAACAGUAGCAUUAUUUAAUGUAAUUAAUGGAGCAAAGAUCAAGAAUCUACCUAAACACUCUGGUGAAGUUGUUGCUAUAGUUCAUGCAUCAGACAUUGGAGCAUUCUUUACAGGAUCAAUGGAUAAUAAUGUGUUUAUGACUUUAGAUAAUGAAUUUGGAGAAAGUGAAUUGUUACGUACUUUUAUAAUCUAAGAUGGUUAAUUAACUUACUUGAGUUAUGAUCCAGCAAUGAAACAUUUAUUGGCAGGCACUAAUUCUGGUUAAAUUAGAUUUUAUGAAACUGAUACAAACAAAUUGCAUGGUGUUGCUAAUGAAUUCAAAUAAGGCGAAGAAAUUACCUCUAUCAAUUUAAUCAAAGGAAUUCCUUUUCUAUUUGUUACCAAUAGUUAAGGAAGAGUUUCAAUCAUGUCCAUGCCUCCAGUAUUGCAUAGAUUUGUCAAAGUUUAUACUUUUACCAAUAUAGAUCCAGAAAUUCCUAGUCAAUUAUUAGGGAUCUCAAAUGCAGUGUUCAGUUAAGAAAAAAAGGUUCUCUUUCUUAGUGAUGAUAAAGGAUUUAUUAAAUGUUUCGAAGUUGAUUGGCUAGUAGAUUUUUUGAUUAAUGUUGUCAAUGAAAAAGAUAAGGAAGAUGCUGCCACCAAAAGAAUGAAGGGAAUUAAAACUGGAUCCACUUAAAAUGCAAGACAAAUGCUAGCAUUACCUAAAGUACCUUAAAAAGAAGUUAAAAUGAAAUGGAUUACAAGGGCACAUUAUGAAGUAAUUAAAUCCUUAGAGUAUGUUGAAAAAGAAAACUUUCUUAUCACAACUGCUUUCGAUAAGAAAGUCAAAUUAUGGGAUGCUGAAACUGGUAAAUUUAUUGAUUCAUUUCAACAAAAUUAUGAUCGGAAAGAGCCAAGACCCAUUGCUUUAAAAAGAAGCGGAACUGAAGAAAUUUAUAAUACUGAUUUGAAUGAGAGAGUGGAUCUGAAAUAUACACAAUUAAUACAAUAAUUAUUAUCAGAAGAACAGAAUGGAUAAUUGCCUUAAAUAUAGGUUUUAGAGGAUAAGAUUUCUGAUCCUCUCGGCUUAACCAAAUCUCCCCAGGAAGAAUUCAAUCCAUUUUAUUACUUAGAAAAAAUAGAUCAAUCCAAAUUGACUACGAUAAAGAGCAAUCCAGAAUGGAAAUUAGAAAUAGGAUUCAAAGAAUAUUAUGAAAAAUAUGAAUAAAAAAUUAAGACGUUGUUUGAUUAAGUCAAAAUCAAAGAGAAGGAAGUACAUGAGAAAUAAGUUAAAUAGGGAAUCCAUAAUCGACAUUUUAAAGUGCAAAACUAUUCAACUGAUGAUGCCAAGUAAUUUGAUUCCAAUCAUAAACCAAUACUGAAGGAAGAUGAGGGAAACAAUAAUCAUCAACAAUAGGCUUCUUUACAAUUCAAUCAAAAAUUAAAACCAGAAUAAGUUCUCUAAAAACACAAAGUUCAAUAAAAAGAUCAACAUCAAAUUACGUAAGGAGGAAAUCAAUAAAUUAAUUUUGAUAGUAUUACAAAUCAAGGUGAAAUUGUUAAAGAAUUGAAACAGUAAUAAUAAGAUUUAUAAGAAAAUUUAAAACAUGGAAUCAAAGUCAGUAUUUCAACUCCUUAAAUUAAAUCUAUUUAAGUUCCAUCAUUGGGCAAAGCUGCUACAUCCAAAAAGAAUAAAAAAGUGGAUCCUCAAUUGUUUGAGAAGUUGUAUAGAUAAAACCUAAAAAGCAAAGUACUCUUUAAUUCCGAUCCUGAAGUUUUCUUAUCUGAAGCUGAAUGUAAUGCUGCGUAUAAGUUGGCUGCUGCAUUGGCUAAUUAUGAUAUCACCGAUGAACGCUCAUUGAAGUUUGCAGAGAUUAAAUGUAGAUCUAAAAUCAAAUUACCAAGAUUAUAAUGA